AAAAGCAUAAGAAUAUACAGACAAAAUUUCUUUAUACAUAUCCUCUGGUCUUUGGAGCCACACAAUUCACCAGUUAGUCUCCUGCAUUGUCACAACGGAGUCUAGGCCGGCAGAAAGUAGAAAGCAAUAUAAACCAGCCGAUCAGAAUAUAGCCAUAGCUCGGAACUUGAUAUUAUCACCAUGGAUUCCAACUCCCAUCAACUUCACUUUCUCUUGUUUCCUUUCAUGGCCCAAGGCCACAUGAUUCCUAUGAUGGACAUAGCUAGAUUAUUAGCUCAUCAUGGAAUGAUUGUUACAGUAAUCACUACACCACUUAAUGCAAAGCGUUUCACACCAACCCUUUCUCGUGCUGUUGAAUCUGGACUCAGAAUUCAAUUUAUUGAACUCCAAUUUCCUGCAGAAGAAGCAGGCUUACCCAAAGAUUGCGAGAAUUUUGACAUGCUUCCUUCAUUGGGUUCGGCCGUUGAGUUCUUCUUGUCAACCUACCGGCUUCUGGAGCCAGUCCAACGAUUGCUUGAAGAGUUAAAGCCAAGGCCCAGUUGUAUAAUUUCUGAUAUGUGUUUACCCUACACAGCUCAGGUUGCUAGGAAGAUUGGUGUUCCAAGAAUAGCUUUCAAUGGCUUUUGUUGCUUUUCUAUGCUAUGCAUGCACUGCAUUUACACUUCCAGGAUUCUUGAGAGUUUAAAAUCUGAAUCCGAAUACUUUGUUGUUCCUGGAUUGCCUCAUCAUAUUGAAGUAACGAAAGACCAGCUCCCAGAAUCUGCGGUUCAAAAUAUAGAUGCGUUUAAUGAGCAAUUGGCAGAAGCUGACAAGCUGACUUAUGGGAUUAUUAUUAAUACCUUCGAGAAGUUGGAAGCUGCAUGUGUCCAAGAAUACAAGAAGGUAAGAAGAGAUAAGGUUUGGUGCAUUGGUCCCGUUUCUUUAUACAACAAGAACAGCUUGGAUAUGGUUCAGAGAGGAAAUAAGGCUUCAGUUGAAGGAUCUGAAUGCUUCAAGUGGCUUGAUUCACAGCAACCAGGGUCUGUAAUAUAUGUCUGCUUUGGUAGCAUUUGCAAUUUAUUAACUUCACAAUUGAUAGAACUUGGGUCAGGCUUAGAAGCAUCAAACAGACCUUUCAUUUGGGUGCUGAGAGGAGGAGGGAAAUCAAAAGAAAUAGAAGACUGGAUUGUAGAAGAUGGUUUCGAGGAAAGGACCAAAGGGAGAGGUCUCAUAAUUCGAGGCUGGGCACCACAGGUCGCAAUACUCUCACACCCUGCAAUUGGUGGAUUCUUAACACAUUGUGGAUGGAACUCAACGCUGGAAGGGAUAUGUGCUGGUGCACCAAUGGUCACAUGGCCACUUUUUGCAGACCAGUUCUUCAAUGAGAGACUAGUUGUGGAUGUGCUGAAGAUUGGUGUAAAGGUUGGGACAGAGGUUACUGUUGGAUGGGGAAAGGAAGAGAAGGUUGGAGUUUUGGUGAGAAGAGAAGCUGUUACAAGGGCAAUAGACAGGUUGAUGGAUGAAGGAGAAGAAGGUGAGGAAAGAAGAAAAAGAGCAAAAGAGUUGAGUAUCAUGGCAAAAAAUGCAAUGGAGGAAGAUGGGUCUUCUUAUCUCAAUAUGAAACUGCUAAUACAAGACAUCCUGGGCCAGAAAUGCUGAGAUUCCUGAUGUAAAAUUAUUUAUAAAAAUUUAGGUUGUUGGUCUUGGUUGGUGAAGAAGAUUUGUUGCUUACCAACAUAAAAUCCAUGUUAUUAUUUUCCAUUACUGUUUUAAACUGUCAACUUGAAUAAAUUGAAGGGUUUGGAAAAAGGAUGAACUGAUAAUUAAUAAUUUCAAAGGAAAAUGACUAAUUAAUAUGCUUUUAAUGUAAAAGAAUCAAAUAGAUGUGAUUUCUUGUCAUUUGAAAGGGUAAAUGGGUAAUGAAGUACAUCUCAGAGUC